UCACGGUCGCAGUUUGAAACGUGGGGUCGUACAAAAUGCUGGCGACGACAAGAUUCCUGCGUCGCCUACCACCGGCAGCCUUGUACUGUCUGCCUCGAUCUCACACGCCGCGUUUUACCCACACCACACCGAAGAACAUCGAGAGUGGAGCCCUGUGGCUACAUCCAGCAGGAGGAACUAUCGAGAGGUUAAAUGUCGCGGCGAAGUAUGCUCAGCUGAACAUUCUCGUUUGCCUCACCAUCAACAGCUCACUGCCCCUAGAACCUGCCCAUUUCGAGGAGGCUCUCACGCACCUCUACAGGAAAAUUAGUCCACUCCGAGCAUGUUUCCGCUGGAGAGAAGGAACGCUAUGGGUGUGUGAGGCGCUUGAGACCCGGCUUGACUUUUCGGUGCUAGAAGAUUCGGAUGUGUCAACCGCAAUCAACAAGCUUUUGCACCAACCUUUUGACAAUUCUACAGAAGCACCUCUUUGGCGUACUCGACUCCUCCCGGCAGCCCCAGGCACUCCAUGUCCAAUACCAGAGAUGAAAGAGAAAUUUCCUCACCAGUAUGACUUCGUGUUUCACUUCCACCAUGGGCUAUGUGAUGGCCUCACUGCAAUGGUGAUUCUCAAUACAUUUUUGAAAUUGCUAGAGGAUGUGGUUUCGGGUGCUCCUAUUAGCAAAGAGCAACUGGGGAAGUUUGUGAGUGGGGAACAAACCAUGGAUAUCGAAAGGGAGGUGUUGAGGAACUUGGAGAGCAGACCAGAGGACUUCAAGCGCAUGAUCCAUGAAACUAUGAAUACCAAAUUUACACCACUCCUUGAGCAGGCCUUUGGAAUUUCAGAGAAGGAAAGUUUUCCCACAGGAUACAUCGUAACUGACUUGGAGCCUCGCUUGUUGCAGAGUUUCCAAGACCAAUGUCAAUCCCAUGGUGUCACCUUGAACUCGGGAAUGACUUCGGUGAUCAACACAGCCCUGGUAGAGCUAGUGGCGGAUGCGGGGUUAGUGAGGGAUGUUUACAGCGUCACCAGCCGUCAUCCGGUCAACCAGAGGCGUUACUGGAAAGGUGAUCCCAUCACAGACUUGGGGAACCACAUGGGUGCUAUGUCCCACACCAUGCAGACGCCUCUUCACAACAGGAACACUUUCUGGGAAUAUGCCAAGCAGUUUGAUUCCGAGUUCCGCAGGAAGCUCAAGGACGGGUUCAUCUUCCAGGAGAGGAUUGUCAUGUCCAAGAUAAUGCCGAAGGACUAUAGUUAUGAAUCCUUCUAUAGUUCCCCUCCUACCACAAUAUAUGACUAUAUGUUCUCUAAUGUUUUAAUGCCUGGAAUAAUAGACUAUGGAAUAGGAAACAAAGUGCAGUUGACUGCAACAAGAAAUGUAAGCAACAUCAGCAAUUGUGAAUACUCGAACAUGCAUGCAGUCACUUUGUUCCGUGACCGAGUUUUAUACAACAUUAUGUAUGCUUCAGGCCGCGUUAGUCGUAGUACAAUGCAAGCAUUCCUGUCCAAAGUUGUGACGGUGUUAAAUAGUUUAUCAUAGUGAAUAGGCGUACCAUGCACUGUUUCGAGUGAACCAUACUUUUCAAUUUAAGUCCAAGGGAAAAGUUUAAAGCUAUUAUUUUGACAAGACCUGUGAGGCUCCCAUUUCACCAACAUUGUAAGCACAAUCAGUUAGUUCGUCAGACCAAGAAAUUAAUGUAAAUUGGGUUGGUUUUCUUUAACAUCCUUGGCAUUUAGAUAUUACUGUCACUGUUGUCUUUUUUCUGAAAUGAUUUUUGGGGUUGCACCAAACAUGGCCAAAUAAAAUAAAAUAUUA